CAGAUCAGCAAGUUUUACUGGGUGGCAACCUUCGGCUUAAGACUGCAACUGAGUAGCAAUUGGAAACCUGGUUACAAUUUAAAAUCCCUCCACACACUCGAAAUGAGCUUAGAACAGCAACCAAAUCCCCGGAAUCCCCAUGGUCUUGGUGAUCCAAGUGACACAUCGUUGCGCAAUGUGGAGCGAGAAGUGCUGAUACCCAAGAUAAUGAGGGAUCGUGCCCGCGCCGAGUUCUGCUCCAAGGAAGUGGCCGACUUUGAGGAAUGCUGCAAAGCGAGCAGCGUAUUCAUGGUUGCCACCUGUCGCAAACAAAACUCCGCUCUCAGGGAUUGUCUAACGCAUUGGUAUCAAAACGAAGCCUUCAAAGAGGAAUGCAGGGCUAUAUAUCUACAGGAACGAUCGGAAUACCGCAGCACGGGCAUACCCAAAAAGCAUCGAGUGGAGAAAAUUUAGUUUAGUCGUAUAAAUAUUAUUGUUUUUGUUUACUUUGCACAAAAGAUGUGUAGUUAAAUCG